AUGAUGUACGGAUCGGAGUCUUGGGCAGCACCAUCAACGGUUAUGGAGAGGCUUGACUGCACGGAACGAAAGCUGCUUAGACGGCUACUUGGCUACUUUUGGCCUAGGGUAUGUCACAGUGAAGAUCUUUAUGCAGAAAUUGAUGUGGUAUACCGGCGGAUGACACGUGCAAGACAUCAACAUCUUGCACCGCCAUCGAAAGUGGCUAAAGUAAAUCGUCUUCGCUUCUUUCGUCAUAUAUUAAGGAGACCGGCAGAUCGCCUUGUUCAACGAAUUCUGAGGAGUUCGUCGGAUUCGAGCUGA